GUCACCGUCUCUGCCGGUGCUGGAAGAGACCGAGGACUUGUCAGCAGCAUCUGCUCCAGAUACGAUGGCCGACGUCGACCGGAGGGCGCCCUCGGGGCUGAUCCCGGCCCCCUACGCCGCCGGGCUCCGCCGCCUCUCCGCCCGCGCCGCCCCCGCCCCCUCCCCACGCUCCGGCCUCGCCUCCUUCUCCCCCCUUGCCGACGCCGUCCUCUCCCACCUGCGCGCCGCCGGCGUCACCCUCCUCCCGGGGCUCUCCCCCGCUGAGCUCGCCCACGCAGAGGCUGAGCUCUCCUUCGCCUUCCCCCCGGACCUGCGCGCCCUUCUCUCCCUCGCCCUCCCCUCCGCCCCCGGCUUUCCCGACUGGCGCCAGCCCCGCCGCCUCAUCCCCGCCCUCCGACUCCCCCUCGCCGCUGCCUCCCUCCAGAUCAGGCGCCGAGCCGCUGGCGCUGAUCCAGCCCGCGCAGCCCUCCGCCGCGCUCCCCUCCUCAUCCCCGUCUUCGAGCGCUGCUACCUCCCCGUCCGGCCCCCGCUCGCGGGGAACCCGGUCUUCCUCGUCGACGAGUCCCGCAUCUCCUGCUGCGGCGUCGACCUCGCCGACUUCUUUCGCCGGCAGUCGCUGCUACCCUCCUCGUUCCCCGCCCCGCCGCUCCGCCGCCAGCUCUCAGCCGCCGAGAAAACCUUCCUGCCGCCGCCCCCACCGUCCGACUCGAGGCGGAGCCUCGACUCCAUCGCCGGAAAAACUCCCCGCUGGAUCGAGUUCUGGAGCGACGCCGCCGCCUCCGACCGCCGUCGCCAGAGCGCCUCUUCCGCCUCGGACCCGGAGCUGUUCCUGGAGAUUCGAGUCAAAAGGCUCCCCGACUGGGUGAGGAGCUACUUGAACCGGAUGGGGACGGUGCUGAAGGAUGGCGGGUGGGGGGAGGCAGAGGUGGCGGAGAUGGUGGAGGUGACGGCGGCGACCAGGUUCUGCGACGGCAGGGGAGACGCGGCGGCGGUCGACGGUCAGGUGGUUCUGGACGCGCUCCUGCUGAAGGCGGUCCGCUGCUCGGACUCGCUCCGGCGGGCGGGGUGGAGUUCCGAGGAGGUCUCCGAUGUGCUGGGGUUCGACCUCCGGCCGGAGCAGCGGCGGAGGCCUCCACUGAAGCUACCACCGGAGAUCGCCGUCAAGAUUGGGAAGCUGGCCGAGGCGGUGUCCCGAUCCUGAACUGUAGUACACGGGCUGUAUUAUCGUAAAAACUAUGUAUUCUUUUCUAUUAUUAACAGAAAAAAAACACUGCUUCCUUUAGACAAUACUUUUCGUAUUAUAAGCAUGACGAAUCUUUUUAUCUGUAUUAUAAAUCUGGAAAUAGAAGAGGAACAUCGAAGUAUGCGAUCACUGAUA